AUGGCAUCAGGAGCAAUAAAACGUAUUAUCCCUUUAUUUGACCGUGUACUUGUUGAACGUUUCGCUGCUGAAACAUUAACUAAAGGUGGUUUACAUCUCCCAGAAAAAGCAUUUGGAAAAGUACUUAAUGCAACCGUAGUUGCUGUUGGUAAAGGUCUUAGACAAAAAGAUGGUACUCAAGCUCCAUUAAGUGUUCAAGCCGGUGACAAAGUUUUAUUACCAGAAUAUGGUGGCACUAAAGUCACAAUAGAAAAGAAAGAAUAUUUCAUCUUUAAAGAAGCUGAUAUUCUUGGUAAAUGGGAAUAA